GGCCCUGCCUAUCAGGCCUACCAGCUAUAAAGACAAGACAUUCAAGGGAAGGGGAGGAAAAGAUGGAUGAGGCAGACCAGAUCUUCAAGGCCAGAACACACUAUUAUUUUUCACUUCUGGAUUACCUCGUCAGAACAUUGGUGCAUGAAUGGCAACUGUAGAUGACCUAAAGUUUCAAGAAUUUGAUGAUGCAGCCAACUUGUUGGCAGCGAAUCCAGAUGCUGUCACAAUAAGCAUUGAUGAACCUGUUGAGAAACCAAAGAAAAAGCAUGGACACCUGCAAGAUUCUGGAAGGGAGGAGGACGAUGAGCUAUUGGGGACAGACGAUUCUGAUAAAACUGAGUUACUUGCUGGGCAGAAGAAAAGUGCCCCGUUCUGGACAUUUGAAUAUUACCAAACGUUUUUUGAUGUGGAUACAUACCAGGUCCUGGAUAGAAUCAAAGGUUCUGUUUUUCCAGUACCAGGGAAAAACUUUGUAAGACUGUACAUUCGAAGUAAUCCUGAUCUUUAUGGUCCCUUUUGGAUAUGUGCCACAUUAGUCUUUGCCAUUGCUAUCAGUGGCAACCUUUCAAAAUUCUUCAUCCACCUGGGCAAUCGUGAUGCCUGUUAUGUGCCUGACUUCCGAAAAGUGUCCAUAGCUGCUACCGCCAUCUAUGCUUAUGCUUGGCUAGUUCCUCUAGCUCUCUGGGGAUUCCUUAUGUGGAGGAACAAUAAAGUUGUGAACAUUGUCUCCUACUCCUUUCUUGAGAUUGUGUGUGUUUAUGGCUAUUCGCUCUUCAUUUAUAUUCCAACAGCGAUUUUGUGGAUUAUCCCGCAGAAAGCUCUCAGAUGGGUUUUGGUGGUUUUUGCUCUGUGUCUUUCAGGAUCUGUCUUAGUUAUGACAUUUUGGCCUGCUGUUAGAGAUGACAACCGAAGAAUUGCAAUGGCUACAAUUGUGACUCUCGUACUUCUCCAUGCCUUGCUUGCUGUGGGUUGCUUGGCAUACUUUUUUGAUGACUCUGAACUGGUUACCCUAACACCGACCACCUUAACGAGUCUUGCACCACCACAUAAUGGAACAAUAGGAGCAACAAAGGCUCAGUAAUUAAGAUACAUCUGUUUCUUCUUUCUCGUCUGUGCAAUAUUGUUUGAUUGGGGCAUUCCGACAUUGACAAAAGAACAGCCAAAAGAUCUGAAGGGACCAUCAGUGAAACAUACUGAAUUCACAGUCUCUGACACUUGAAUGACCAACUUAGUACUGGACUUUAGUUGAAAUGCUACUCUGUUGAAGCAAAAGCUGAAAUAGAUUUCAAUGCUGUAGAUUUUAACUUGCUUAACUUAUGAUUUAAAAAAAAAUCUUUUGCAGAACUUAGUGUUUGUCAUCAAAUAAAACUGACUUGAAAUACUA